AUGUGUCUGGUGGAGCUGUUGUUUGAAGGUUUUGACACAAGGUUAUCGCACAUCAUCAGCCACAGCAGGUGGUUCAAGCAGUACAGCUACGAGGUGUCAGAUGGUACACACAGAGACUCCCAGUCUUCUCGCACUACCGACGCCAUCUUGACAGACGACUGGCGGGGCGGUGCUCACGUGCACACCAUCAGCUCGGCCUCCCUGGCCUCUAGCAUGGCCACUCUGCCUCGCGCUGCCUCACUCUACCAGUCACACUACCAGACCUGUGCUGGAGACCUGCUACGGAGCGACGCCAUACCUCCCGCCGCGGCGCGCGGGUGCGCACUGUAUCGCCUGCAGCAGCACAGCUCGCACGCCUGCCUGCCUACGUCAUCAGCCGCUCACCACUACCCUGCCUGCCGUACGACCGGCGCCCUCAACCCCAGCUUGUCGUACGCAACCCUCGACCACAGACUCCAGAGGCACGUCCUACCGCCACCGCCUCCUGAGUUCACGUCACCCACAGAAGCUCCUGUGGGAGAUCCAUGUGGUGUUAGCGGUGGUGGAUGUGGCGGCAACGGUGAUGGAUGUUGCGGCAAUGGUGGUGGAUGUGGAGGCAACACCGGUAGCUUUGGUGGGAACGGUAGUGGAUCUGGUGGAAAUGUUUUGUGCAGCGUUGGUAGUGGAGGUGGGAAUGUG